AAAAGUCACUGGCCGCACACGUCACAGUUCAAGCAGCUUAGUUGGCGAUAAAAAAAAUAAAAUUGAGAAUAAAAUACGUGUAGAAAAAGUCACCUGAACUUCGUCGCAACAGUGGAGGAACAAUGCUAACAAACUUUGAGACAAAAUCGGCCCGUGUAAAGGGUCUUUCGUUUCACCCGAAACGCCCGUGGGUCUUAGCUUCGCUACACAGCGGCAUCAUCCAGUUGUGGGACUACCGCAUCAGUACGCUGCUAGAGAAGUUUGACGAGCACGAUGGCCCCGUUCGUGGAAUCAAUUUUCACAUGCAACAACCAUUAUUUGUGUCGGGCGGUGAUGACUUCAAAAUCAAAGUAUGGAACUACAAACAACGUCGAUGCAUCUUUACACUCCUGGGGCAUGUUGACUACGUUCGCACAACGACUUUCCACCACGAGUAUCCCUGGAUUCUGAGUGCGUCCGAUGAUCAAACGAUCCGCAUCUGGAACUGGCAAUCGAGGACGUGCAUUUGUGUGCUCUCCGGUCACAAUCACUAUGUGAUGUGUGCUCAAUUCCAUCCGACCGAAGAUACCAUCGUUUCUGCCUCGUUGGAUCAGACGGUGCGAGUGUGGGAUAUUUCCGGUCUUCGCAAGAAAAAUGUUGCUCCAGGACCCGGAGGACUUGAUGAUCAUUUAAAGAAUCCCAAUGCCACCGACCUCUUUGGACAGCCAGAUGCCAUUGUCAAGCAUGUACUCGAGGGCCAUGACCGCGGCGUCAAUUGGGCCAGUUUCCACCCGAAUCUACCCUUAAUCAUCUCAGGUGCGGACGAUCGUCAAAUCAAAUUGUGGCGCAUGAACGAAUACAAAGCCUGGGAAGUUGACACGUGUCGUGGUCACUACAACAACGUCUCGUGUGUCAUUUUCCAUCCGCGUCAAGAGCUCAUUGUCUCUAACAGUGAGGACAAGAGUAUCCGGAUUUGGGAUAUGACAAAGAGACAAUGUCUUCAUACAUUCCGUCGCGAAAACGAGCGAUUCUGGAUCCUGGCUGCUCAUCCAAAUUUGAAUCUUUUUGCGGCAGGCCACGAUGCCGGCAUGGUUGUUUUCAAGUUGGAACGCGAACGUCCAGCUUACAGUGUGCACGGAAACAUCUUGUACUACAUCAAGGAACGCUUUUUGCGGAAACUGGAUUUUACCACCACGAAAGACACGGUCGUCAUGCAAGUACGUGGUGGCGGAAAAACUCCCUUCUACAGCAUGUCCUACAACCCUGCAUUAAAUGCCAUUUUGUUGUGUACGCGAACAUCGAAUUUGGAAAAUAGUACAUACGACUUGUACACAAUCCCAAAAGACUCGGAGUCAUCAAGCACGGAAUCGGAGAGUAAACGGUCAUCAGGCAUCACGGCUCUGUGGGUCGCUCGGAAUCGUUUUGCGGUGCUCGAUAGACAAAACCAACUUGUCAUCAAGAAUUUCAAGAACGAGGUAACGAAGAAAAUCCAAGCCCCUUCGUGUGAUGAGAUCUUCUAUGCCGGUACGGGAAUGCUUUUGUUGCGCGAAGCAGACCAUGUAACGCUAUUUGAUGUGCAACAACUGAAAACUUUGACACAGGUGAAAAUUUCCAAAUGCAAAUAUGUAGUUUGGUCGUCGGAUAUGUCGCAUGUUGCAUUGCUUGCGAAGCACGUUCUCAUGAUUUGCAAUCGUAAGCUUGAGAUUCUGUGCUCGAUUCAUGAAAGUACACGCGUAAAGAGUGGUGCGUGGGACGAUUCUGGCGUUUUUAUCUACACAACUAGUACACACAUUAAAUAUGCCAUCGUUGAUGGAGACCACGGAAUAAUUCGAACACUUGAUUUGCCCAUUUACAUUACCCGGGUCAAGGGAUCGCAAGUUUUCUGCCUAGAUCGCGAGCUCAAAACGCGCGUUUUGAACAUCGAUACGACGGAAUACAAGUUCAAGUUGGCUCUGAUUCAUCGCAAAUACGAAGAAGUCCUCCAAAUGGUCCGUAACGCCAAAUUGGUUGGACAAUCUAUCAUUGCCUACCUGCAACAAAAGGGAUAUCCGGAAGUGGCAUUACACUUUGUCAAGGACGAAAAAACGCGUUUUGCACUUGCUCUCGAAUGCGGCAACAUUGAGGUGGCCCUUGAAGCGGCAAAAGCCUUAGAUGACAAGCAAUGUUGGGAUCGACUUGGACAAGCGGCUCUCUUGCAAGGCAACCACCAAGUCGUCGAAAUGUGCUAUCAACGCACCAAGAACUUUGACAAACUCUCCUUCUUGUAUUUAAUUACUGGAAACUUGGAGAAAUUGAAGAAAAUGAACAAGAUUGCCGAAAUUCGUAAAGACGUGUCUGCACAAUAUCAAGGAGCAUUGUUGCUCGGAGACGUUCAGGAACGAAUAAAUAUUUUGAAGAGCGUGAAUCAAACGUCGCUUGCUUAUUUGACUGCGGCCACCCACGGAUACGAGGAAGAACGUGCAAAUCUGGCUGCCGAAAUUCUCGCCGAGAAAAAGGAAUUGCCUCAAGUAAAGGCUGAUGCGAAAUUUUUGAAGCCUCCCGUCCCGAUUCAACAAGCCGAAACCAACUGGCCUCUUCUCACCAUGUCAAAGGGAUUCUUCGAAGGUGCAAUGUCCCUGCAAAAGUCAUCGAAUGUGAACCAAGCACUGCAUGCCGACUUGUCGGACCUGGGACAAGAAGCCGAUGGCUGGGGCGAAGAUGCCGAAUUGAAAUUAGAUGGCGAGGAGAAUGACGACGAUGACGACUAUAAGAAUGCUCUUGGUGGCUCUGAAGAUGGUGGUGGCGACGGUGCUGGAUGGGAAGUCGAAGACGAUCUGGAACUGCCAGAAGAACUUGCCAAGAAAGUGCAAUCGUUGGACAUUAAGAGCGAAGAUUACUUUAAUGUUCCGUCACGUGGGCAACCACCGUCACAAAUGUGGACAAAUAAUUCCAAAUUGGUUGCGGACCACAUUCGAGCGGGAUCUUUCGAAACGGCAAUGCGACACUUGAACGAGCAAGUGGGUGUCGUCAACUUUGAGCCGUACAAGCAACUUUUCAUGAGUUUGUAUGUCGGCUCGAGAACAUCGCUGCCGGCAAUGCCAUCGUUACCGUCGUUGUUUGCCUAUCCGCAACGCAACUGGAAGGACGGCCUGAAGGCGAGCCUUCCCACGAUCGGCUUGAAACUAAAUGAUUUGAUUAACCAGCUCCAAAGUUGCUACCAACUCACGACAUCCGGAAAGUUCACUGAAGCUAUUGAUAAAUUCAAAAACAUUACCAUUAGUAUUCCGAUCCUCGUAGUUGACACACGCAGCGAGAUUGCGGAAGCACAGCAAUUACUUGACAUUUGUCGCGAGUACAUUGUGGGUCUGCAAAUGGAGACGCACCGAAAGAGCUUGCCCAAAGCGACGCUCGAGGAGCAAAAACGUUUGUGUGAGCUCGCUGCCUACUUUACACAUUGCAAUUUACAGUCGGUUCACCAGAUUUUGACACUCCGUACGGCUCUCAAUAUGUUCUUCAAACUGAAAAAUUACAAGACAGCUGCCUCCUUUGCACGUCGCUUGAUUGAGCUCGGACCCAAGCCCGAAGUGGCGCAACAAACGAGGAAAAUUCUUCAAGCGUGCGAAGUGAAUCCCGUGGACGAACACAAUUUGCACUACGAUGAACACAAUCCGUUUGUUUUGUGUGCCGCCACGUUCCAACCAAUUUACCGUGGAAAACCAGAGAAAAAGUGCUCGUUGUGUGCCGCCUCCUACCUGCCCGAGUUCGAAGGACAGCAGUGCGUUGUUUGUGGUGUUGCCGAAAUCGGACGUGACGUAAUCGGACUGAGGAUAUGCAACUUGCAAUUCAAAUAAGCAUUUGGUCAUGAUUUUAUUACGAAAAAAAACCUUUAUGAAUUUAAGAAUCUUUGUUCCAAUAUUCUUUAUUACACACUACAUACAUUAUUAUUAUAAAGUUCAUCUAUAUGCAAUGCAGUUAUAAAUAAAAAAAAAACUUAAU